AAUCAGACCAACUUCGUCAAGCUACGCCAUUGAAGUCGAGUCCGCUUCGCCAUCGACUCCCGCGCCAGCAGCCACCCCAAUUCUUGUGGUAUUAUCCGGGACUCCCUCUUCAACCUUCGUCAUGCUGUCCAGAGUGGCCCAGGCUUCGCGCUUGGGCUUGACGGCAGCUCGUCUGUCGAGGCCCGCCGCAUCGCCUGCUCUCCGAGUCCGUCCCGCAGCAGCUCCCGUCCUUGUGUCGCCGUGGCUUCGAGCCUACUCCAAGGACAAGGGCCCUUCAAGCCAAUCACCUCCCAAUGAGACAAACAAGAAGCCCGCGCAACCCCAGAACGAUGCCGAUGCCGCAGCGAACGAGAAUCCCGCCAAGUCUUCCGAGCAGAAUGUCGACAAGGCCGGAGAGCAGUCGCCCGAGGCCCCGAAGGAGGGAGAGCAAAUACCCUUCCACAAGCUCCCCGACUUGACCCAGGGCAUUCCUUCAACGUUCGAGUAUGAGAUGGGGGGCGACAAGAAGAAGCCAGAACAGGCUUUGCAGGAGCUUGAGGAAGAAGGCUCGGGUGGACGUGGUGGACGUGAGCGAUCGGAAUAUGUCUCAACCUCGGAUCGCAACCGCAAGUGGUGGACAAGAUUCAUGCUUGUUGCGACCGCUGCUGGUGGUACCCUUGCCGUGCUAUACAUGGGUCGCAACUGGGAGGAUACCAUUGAGGCUGAUCGUCACUCCGAUAUUCCCAAUGGUCCUGGUUUCGGUCUCUGGUGGCAGCGUGCCAAGGCCCGAAUGACCGAGUCGGUCACCUACUACCAGGAACCCUCAUUUGAUAAGCUGCUUCCCGACCCCGAUCCUUCCUUUGAGCGCCCUUACACCCUGUGUCUGAGCUUGGAUAACCUCCUUGUGCACAGCGAGUGGACUCGCGAGCAUGGCUGGAGAAUCGCCAAGCGACCUGGCAUGGACUACUUCAUCCGAUACCUCAGCCAGUAUUAUGAGCUGGUUCUCUUCACUACUGUUCCCUUUGCCACUGGUGAGCCUCUUCUCAGGAAACUGGAUCCUUUCCGCUUCAUUCUUUGGCCUCUAUACAGGGAGGCUACCAAAUUUGAGGAUGGCGAGGUCGUCAAGGACCUGUCCUACCUCAACCGUGACCUCUCCAAAGUCAUCAUUAUCGACACCAACGCCAAGCACGUCCGCAACCAGCCCGAAAACGCCAUUGUCCUGAAACCCUGGAAGGGUGAGCCUGGUGACAAGGAGCUCGUUGGUCUGAUUCCCUUCCUCGAGUACAUCCACACCAUGCAGUACUCGGAUGUCCGCAAGGUCAUCAAGUCCUUUGAGGGCAAGCAUAUCCCUACCGAGUUUGCCCGUCGUGAGGCCAUCGCCCGUAAGGAGUUCAACGCCAAGCAGCUCGCUGCCAAGCACAAGCACAGCUCCGGUGUUGGCGCCCUAGGAAGUCUGCUCGGCCUGAACCCCAGCAACAUGAGCAUGAUGGUGAACCCCGAGGGUGAGCCGAACCCCACCGAGGCUUUCGCCCAGGGCAAGAUGUUGCAGGACAUUGCCCGUGAGCGUGGCCAGAGGAACUACGAGGAGCUUGAGAAGCAGAUCCGAGAGAAUGGUGAGAAGUGGCUCAAGGAGGAGGCCGAGAUGAUGGAGAAGGCCCAGAAGGAGGCCAUGAACAGCAUGAUGGGCUCCUUCUCUGGCAUCUUUGGCAACAACCAACCACCCGAGAAGAAGGCCUAAGAAGGCCCAAAGAGGUGCCAGCACAUCUCCACUAAUUAAUGUCUUGUAAUCUUUUUGUGUUACGGCGAAUUUACGGAGGGGAUGAAGUCUGCUAGUCACGUCAUCUUCAGACUGGGAGAGAAGUCGCCUUAUAGAAAAACAGCAUUUUGGGACGGGAAGGCAUUAUGGGACAUUCGGUCAGGGAUGGGAGUCUUGACUUGUAAAAGAUGGUUGAGAG